AUGAGGACAGUUUCAAGAAAUACACAGGCUCCUGUGUGUGACCUAUCGUCUGUCUACCCGGCUCUGCUUUCACCCAAUACAGAGAUCAUCUAUCAGGUGCUGUCACAUGAGGACGUGUGCUUCCACACCCAUUCUCUGAUCCAGGAGAGGCAGCACAACAGUCUGUUGAAGGCCUCAAGCACCCUGAACCCCAGCAGGCCUGUCACACUGUCUCACUGUUCUUCUUCUGGGCGGCCCCCUCAGCCCUCCCUGGAGCCCACAGGGCCCCUCGCCCUCCAUGGAGAGCAGGGAGAGGGAUGCGGGACCCUCGCCCAGGAGAUCGGCCUCACUCCUGGGAACUUGAGGGAGGACCCACUGCCAGCACAAGGCUUCCAUGAUGUCUCAACUCUCACAGAUCUGUGCUCCAGUGUGGAUCUGCCAGAGGUGGAGAUCGUCAGCUUGCUUACAGAAGAACUGCCCAAAUACACUCUGCGGGCAGACCACGUGUAUGGGUACGAGCAUGACGACUGGCUGCACACACCUCUGCUGCCACCAGAGGCCGCUCUUGGACUUACACAUGAGCAGAUCGAUGAGACACUCAAGUACUUCUUGCUGUGUUCAGAGAGAGUUGGUCAAAUCACAAAGACGUAUCAUGACAUUGAGGCAGUUACACAUCUGCUUGAGGAGAAAGAGCGGGAUCUGGAAUUGGCAGCCCGGAUUGGCCAAUCGCUGCUCAAGCAGAAUAAAGCCUUGACUGAACGCAACAAACUACUGGACGAACAGCUGGAAAUUGCUCAGGAAGAGAUUUCUCAGCUGCGUCAUGAGCUCUCCAUGAGAGACGAUCUCCUGCACUUUUAUGCCAGCACUGAAGAUAUAGAGCAUGCCUCAGAAACACUGCUUAUACGGAAUGAUUCGUCCACAUCUCUCAGCAAUUACGUCAAUUACGACUUUCUGCAACAGAAACUCAAGGGUUUGGAAGAGGAGAACUUCAAAUUGCGCACAGAGGCUAAUGAGUUAACAUUUGAGACCAACAGUUACGAGGAACAAGAGCAACGGCUUAUGAUGGUGUGUGUGGAUGAACUCACGACAGCGAAUAAGCGGGCCGUAUCUCUGUCAGAUGAGUUGGCCCGGAAGGUGGAAGAUUCGCUAAGACAACAAGAGGAGAUUAGUGCCCUGCUGGGACAGAUUGUCGACCUGGAGCAGCGCUGCAAAGGGCUCACUGCUGAGAAUGAGGAGUUAACGCAACAUCUGAAUGCCUCCCGGGAAUCCCAGGCGCAGGUUAAAACAGAGCUGAAGGAACUUCAGGAGAGGUACUCGGAAAGUGAGGACAUGCUCCAUGAAGCCAGAGAGGACAUUAAAAACCUGCGCAAUAAGAGUCUGCCCAACAGCACUGUGCAGCGUUAUAGCACCCUGGCAGCGGUCUUCCCAAUGGAUUCACUUGCUGCUGAGAUUGAAGGAACCUUCCGGAAGGGCCUAGACAGCCCAGCGCCCACUGAGUACAAGAAUCAUCCAUUGCGGGUGUUUGAGACGGUGAAAGUGGUCAAUCAUGCGGCUCGGCUACGUUCCCAGAAUCUCUCUCCCCAGGUUACGGGUUCGAGCCCUGCAUCAUUGCGCUCUAGUCGAAUCAGUACACCACGGACCAGUUAUUAUGAAUCAGACAAUGUUAGCGUCAACCUGGAGGAUAAGCACUCGCCUCCAACACACACACAGGAUCAUGGGUUGCUGGAAUUGAAGCGUUUGGGCCAGCCAGGUACGCCCGGUGGGCAGGAUCUAGAGGAAGCGCUACGGUCUCUCUCAGAGCGUCAGGAGAGCCACACAUCAGAGCGUCCGUUCUUCGAGGUGGAGCGAGAAAGGAAACUGCGCGCCCUGCAGAGUGGAAGCAGCGGCAGUGGCGGCGGCUCCAGCGGCUUCCUGACGCCCAAUGGCAGCGUUGCAUCCACAGGAACUAACUACUCUGGCACCUCCACGCAUUCGUCAGGCACAGGCUCCUCCCGCUCGUACCUGCCCGAACGGCUGCAGAUAGUCAAGCCGCUGGAGGGCUCAGUGACUCUGCACCAGUGGCAGCAGCUGGCCAAGCCCAAUCUGGGGGGUAUCCUGCACCCACGGCCUGGUGUCCUCACCAAAGACUUCAGAGAGCUGGAUGGGGAUUUUCAGCAUGUCUACAGCCUCAACGACCUCGAGGAGGAUGAGCCUGAUCUGUCCAAAUUCCCCAACCCCCUGCACGGCACUGUGGUCAGUUCAUCCAGACCUAGCAUCCCUCAGACCUCCCCCACUCACCCGACCACUAGCUGUCAGAUCCUCCAUCCCUCUGUCUUCCUCUCCUCCUUCUCCACCAGCCUUCGGCCCCGCAGUGCGUCCGCUUGUGGGAGCUGUGAGCAGGUGAGGAUGUCAUCAGGCCUUCAGUGCGUCUCUGGGUCCACAUCACACCUCCACCCGACCUCCUCCCUCGGCCUGUUGCAACUUGUAUCCGAGCAUGGCAUCUCAGCCGCAGCCUAUCCUCGCUCUCCUCUCGUUCACUCCCUCACCGCAUCCUCAGAGGAAAGACAACGAGCCUUUGAUACAAGUGAAGUAAAAAGAGAAAAGGAACGGCAGAGAAACAUUUUCAGCGUCAACCUUGUGGAAAAGCUCAGAAGCCUGGGCCUGUACAAAGUGGUUGCCAGAGGAUUGGUGGAUUAUUGUCGAACAGAAAAACCAGACCCGUACAAUAGUCCCCCAUGAAACGCACAGAGCUGUUCAUCAUUAAAGGUGCCAUUUCGUGCAUCACGCUCAUUUUGGCAUGCAGCUAAACUUCUCUCAUUUGUUAUGGGACAUUCCAGAAGCCAUACCAGUUGAAUGACAUCAAAUUAGCUUUUUAAUGUAUGCGUCACUAGGAAUUUUAAUUAUGAACUGCACCUCAAUAUAUUUCAUGAUGAAGUCAAACACAUCUUUUGUAUCAUUGUCAUUGGGUGUUUUGAACACUCUUCAGAAGAGAAUAGCUGCACAUUUGUUGACUUUUUAACAUGUCGUCUAUUUUUUCGAGACAUUGUCAUCAUCAGUCUUGAAAUCACAGGUUUAUUGUUAUGAAAUUGUAGCAACACUACAGAAAAAUGCACUAUGUGGCCUCAUUUUUUGCUUGCUGCCAACCAAGCAUCAAUGUCAGUAGUGCGUUCUGUU